AUGAAACUGGAACAACCUUCACUCGUGGUUGCUUUCAAAGAUUUACCACAUUUUCGAAGACAAAUAUUAGCGCAUAAUGCUAUUCGGCUUUUGAAGAAUUCCACUGAUGCCAAUGGAUUGUCAAAGGAAGAAAUAGCUACAAUAAAAUUAUAUGUAUCUUGUUUUUUUCUUUAUCUUCCUCUCAAUGAAGCACUUCGUAGUGAACAAUAUGAACAAAUUAAACCUUGGUUUCCAUAUCUAAAACUUUUUCAUAAUGCUGUAUAUAAAUUACCUAAACGUGCAGGAGUACAUUGUCGUGUAGUAAGUGGUAAUAACAAAAUUGAUCUGUAUCAAGUCGAUUCCUUCGUAACUUGGGUAAGUAAUAAAAUUAAAAGAUUUUUUAUUUCAAUUAAAGUGAUCUGA